UUUCAUAUAAAUAUUAACCCUCGCGUAAUAAAUACCAGUGCCAUACAUAGCUAACAUCUACUUGUUAGCUAUAGAAACAAACAUGGCUAAUCUCUCUAUUCUUUUGAUUGUGGUGCUAGCAACCUUUAGUGGGUCGUCUGCGCAUAAAUCAUUUAGCAACAGAGUUUUGAGUCUGCCCACCUGCUCUAUUGUAUGCAGCUCAUCUAAUUUAACUACCGUAAGUGCAGGAAGUACACCAACUACGGCUGGCUCAUCUAGCUCGACUAGCACCAGUACGACUACUACUGCAACUACACCUACAACUACGCCCACUACUACUCCUACAACCACACCUACUACUACACCUACAACCACUGAAACUACAACCACAUCUACAACGCCUGUUCCCGUGACGUAUCCAGCUUGCCCCAGUAUAUGUCAAGCUGCCAAUGGAACGGUUUAUAUAUUUACUGCCGGUGGUCAGGAUCGAGCCCACAAAGCCUACAAACACCAAUCCAACAAAGGGCAUUUGAAAGAACACGAAAAACACCAUCACGAACAGAACAAAGAGCACCACCAGAAUAGAGAACACCAGAACCAACACGCGGCACACGAACGUCUCCACCACCAGAAUAAGGAACAUCAUCAGGUGAACAAGGAACACCAGCAUGACAGAGUUCACCACGAAGAUAGACAACAUAGAGAAAAUCACUAAAAACCUGUGAUAUAAUUUCGGAUUCCUUGAGGGAUUAACUUACAGGAACUUUUUAGUCCUUUAUGAUAAUUUCUUAAAGAAUCCGUAUUUUAAUUUGAUUUUAUUUAUAACAACUCCGGCGACUUUCUAUACUGAUCUUUCGUUAAGUUUUACUCUAGUACCUACAUCAUUAAAAUAAGUGCAUACCAUUUUAUUUUUUGUACAAAUAUUUAAGGGGAUUAAAACGAACUAAUUAA